GUGUGUUCUUUUUGCUUUUAUUUUGCAGAUGUUUUCAGCUCUACUAUGUGGUCGGAUCUUCGGGCUGCGGUUCCCCAGGGAUCCAGUGCUUUACAAUCCCUUGCAAGUUCUCUUCCGGAUGUUGCGUUGGCUAGCAGAGCACCCAGUACUUCCUCCAAAUAUGUUUCUUCUUACAACAGAUGGAGGUCUUGGGCACGAGAAUAUGGCUUGACAGUUUUUCCUGCUUCUCCGUUUCACUUUGCUAUUUAUUUGCGUCAUUUGAUGACUGAGGCGAAGACAGCAGCUCCCCUGGAGUCUGCAGUUCACAGCAUUGCCUGGUUUCACCAGCUGGUGAAAAGUACUCUUGCCGGUGCGCAGCGCCGUUUGCUGGCCCAUCAAACGACCAAGAAGGAGCCUAUCACAGUCUCUCAGUUAGAGCAGUUAGUUGCCUCCAAGGCGGACUUAAUGGCCUCUUUGUAUAAUAUUCGUUCGGUUGUUAUUUGCUUACUAGCUUUUGCUGCAUUUCUCAGAUUUGAUGAGCUAGCUUGCUAA